AUGACGGACGAGAACAAGAUGAAGAUAAAGGAGAAAGAGAUGGAAGACGUGGAACUUGUCUCAGGUAGCAUGAGUUUACCUUUAGGAAAGGAAAACACCUUGGAUGAACCCGUGUCUGUUACUAUCCUUCGUGAUUUGCGACUGGUUGGAAGUAAAUUACGUGUUGUCCUUAUGCCUAGUAACACGUCGGAGGAGACGCUUAAGGCACUACGUGACUGGGAUCUUUGGGGACCAUUGCUGCUGUGUCUAACGCUCUCCAUAAUAUUGAGUGUGACAGCACCUGCGGCACAAUCAGCAAUGGUGUUUACUGGAGUGUUUGUGGUGAUUUGGGUAGGUGCUACUAUUGUCACUAUCAAUGCGCAACUUUUAGGUAGCUCCAUAUCUUUCUUCCAAAGCGUAUGUGUACUGGGUUAUUGCGUGUUCCCGCUGAAUAUUGCCACGCUAGUGUGUAUGUUGGCGAAAAUGGUGGUCUCACACGUUUUGCUGCGUAUCGUGAUUGUCGGUGUUGGUUUUCUAUGGUCUACACGAGCGUCAGUUGUGUUCAUGUCGAAGCUGGUACCACCUAAGCGAAAGGCGCUUACAGUGUACCCAGUUUUGCUCUUUUACAUGUUUCUCAGCUGGAUGGUCCUUAUUCAAUGA